CUGCGCGCGCAUCAGUUAGAGGCAUCCUAUCGCGACACACUCUCGACUCUAGCGCACUGAGCAAGUAAACAGUCAUCUCCGUGUAUAUACUUACAGCUGUACGACACGGUUUUAUAAAAAAUAUAGUUUUCAUUAAUUGUGAUGCCAACUGUGGAUGUGUGUUAACGAUGAAAUGGAUUUGCGGACGCAGAUGAGUAAUGAUCACUCUGUGUCACAGUGUGGAUUGACAUCUUUGCUGCCGAUGUCGUGUCGCGGUCGCGCCGUUGCCUUUGCGCGCGAUCUACAUUCACGGCUUCGCAACCUAGGUGGUGGACAUGAUGAGCACUGCGAGAAUAACUGGCUCUCUGGUGAUAACACAGCACAUCGGCCCACCACUUCUACCCAACGUGAUCACGAUACCUUUUAUGAUUUUGAACUCGAGUGCGAGAGUCCUUCCAGUCCAGUCGACGAAUAUGAUCCUCCUUUUCCUGAACAGUCAUCAGUCAGAUCUACUAAUGACGAGGAACAACCAUUUUAUGAUGUGGACUCAGAAACUAAUAUUAAAGAACAGAUGAAACUCGUGUUACACCAUCCCGAUAAAAUUCAAAAUGGGUUCAAAUUCUCCACCGUAUUUUUUACAGAAUCUCCAGUUAAACUGCAACAGUCGCCACGUGAGAAUGGUCAUGCAGAUAAACGUCUUUUCUCUCCUAUCACAUUUGAAGAUUGUGGGCAACAUAAUAGUUUUGAUAAAAUAAAUUACGUAGGAAAGGCUUCUCCAACAGUAGGAAUUGAUCGAUUAAGUUUACCAGAACAACUUAGUGUUAACUUAGAUAGUGAUUCAGAAUUUGAAUCGGCCAGAAGCGAUCCAUCAGAUUGUAUUGAGGAAGUUUUCCACAUUGAUAAAUAUUUGAACAACGACGUGAUAGAAGAAGACUUAUCAGUCACAGAAAUCGAAUAUCCAAACGAAAGCGAUAUAUUAAUAGAAACGAACGAAGCUGAACUGCCGUCGAAGCCUGUAGAAAUCAUAACCAGUGAAGUUCCUAUUGAAAAAGAAAUAUCACCCGCGCCUGAAAUUGAACCGAGACUUUUGAGCGCGGAAAUAAAAGAUGAAGAUAAUGAUGAUGUAGAAGACGAUAGACCACAAAGAGUUCGUCGUUGUUCUUCCUUAAAAACUGGUAAAACACCACCUGGUACACCUGGUCGUAAAAAAAUCGUACGAUUUGCUGAUGUUCUAGGACUUGAUUUAGCGGAUGUUAAAACAUUUAUGGAUGAAAUUCCUGUCAUUCCAAAAUCAGCUUAUGACGAUCUCACUGGUUGUGAUAUGCAAAAUUCUCCUCCGGUACGAAGUCCGUUACGACUUGGUACCUUAACAUUGGUUCCUCUUUUCCAACUAGCUCGCGAUGUCGCGGAUAAACUUGAAAUAUUUAAUGUGUGUUUAGAAAGUGCGCGAGUCUGCGAUGGUGUUCAUGUAACCGUAUGUGGUUCGGUACGGGUACGCAACUUGGACUUUCAUAAAACCGUACAUAUCCGUUAUACAAUGAACAGAUGGAUAACGUACACGGACUUACAGACUUCAUAUGUACAGGGAUCCUGUGAUGGAUAUUCGGACCGAUUUCAGUUUGUUUUAUAUGCACCUUCUAUAUCAUCGGGUCAAAGGUUGGAACUCGCUGUUAGAUUUCAGUGCAAAGGCCAGCAAUUUUGGGACAAUAACAGCGGAGCUAAUUAUUGUUUUGAUUGCCUAGCACUAGGUUUAAUGCCUUUGCAAGCGUCUCCUGGGCCACUGCAUCCGACGGUAGACUGGCACCCGUCGUUCUACUGACGUUGCAUGGGCUGAGCCCAGAGGAGAGAUAUGUCAGUAUCGGAACGGCGAUGGCAAAAGAAUGAAAGCCUCCAAAUCCUGUGAUUUGAUGAGGGGAGCGCAUGUAGCGUUGCUCACUGCUGACACCCGUUGCUAGUCACAUUCCUGUGCCCAUUGCGGUAGCGAUCUGUUCGAACGCGAGCGCGGAGUCCUGUAUUAAUGAGGCUUAUAAGUGGUAAAGCGUUUUUGUGAUAUAAAGUAGAUUAGGUGUAGAUAGUAACACAACGAAGUUGCAUCUCGUUCUAGAGUGCCAUUAAAAAUAACGACAUCUCGAUGUAAUAUCUAUUUUUGGAAGUUUUGGUUUUAGAAUCUUGUUGAAUGUCGUAGAACAACCUUGUAGGACAAUAAAUUUAAAUGUAAUGCGGUGCAGCACCUCUGACACACUGGCGAUAUUGGUUUCAGCGCACACCGCGCUAGAAUGACUUUGGUGACUGCAAAGCGAAUGGAUGCCUUCAUUGUUCCUUUGUAUAAAGCGAUAUGAAAGAUAUAUGAAUGAUAUUAAUAUUUUAAUACAUUUUUUACAGAACCUAUUAGCCUUAUAAGGUCUAUAUCGAAAUAUUGUAUGCUAUAGCAUCAUUUAGUUAGCGAGAUUUUAUUCACAUUAACGUCUUUAUGAAGUGUAGAUAAUAUCAGUAAUUUAUGAAUAUUUGUCGUGACAUUCUUUGUUACAUUAUUGUGAUGUUCUUAAACUGAUGUUAAACUGUAAAUUGAGUCACGAUUAAUAUUUGUAUAUAGGUCAGGACCUUCAAAGCCCAAAAAAUACCGUCUAUUUACUGUUUUUAUAUUAUAUAACGGUAUCAAUGUUAUGAGCCUGAAAUAUUUAGAAUUUAUAUUUUUAUAAUUAUGAAAUGAAGUCAUGACACACUUCCCUAAGCAGAACUGAUAAUGAUUAUUGUUAAUUCGAUUUUGAGAUUUUUAUCAACAAGACUAUUAGGAAUUAUAAAAUAAAUUAUUUUUACUUCUAAGCAAUAUAUUUAUUAAGUCUUUUUUAUUUUAUAUUAUGUACCUGAAUUCUUUAAAAAGUGGCCAUAUUAAUUUUACUGUAUGAAUGGCAGUUUUACAAUUUUCCUAUAAUAUUAUUAUUAUUUGACAUCUGUUUAAUAAAUAAUUAUCUACCUAAU